CACUCGUCAUCAACAUCUGAAUCUGUCAAGAAACAAGUAUUUGGCACAUCUUGCAAAGAGAAUAGCAUUUGACAUCGUACUGACAAGAAAACCAAAUAGUUUGUGUCAACUUGCAACUGUCGAGUCUCCAGCCAUGGAUGAUCAACCAGUCCAAAAGGUCGAGCAAAUCGAGCAGAACACACAGAGAGAACAUGAUGUACAGAGAGAACAGGAAGAGAAAGAGCAAAAAGAACGUCAGAUUCUGUAUUCUGCCUGGGGUGAUCGUUCCAGCAAAUACAUUAGUCCAUAUUCACGGCACUUCAACAGCGCAGUGCACAAACCAAUACUCAAAGUGAACACCAAUAGUCACACCAGCGGCAGUCAAGACAGCACGCAGGGACAGUCCGAGGUUGGAUCUGUGAAUCAGUCCAGAUACCAUCCGUAUGCACCCCAGCAUGACCAGCAAGCGUCCAGUGCCAAUCUCUUGAAUGAACAACAGGGUCGCCGUGUCUCCUCUCACAAUCAGCUGUCUUUUCCAAGUGCUGCCAAUAACACUGCAUAUCAACUCCAAACUCAGCAAUCACACAGACAUGCCCAGCAACGUGCACAGUUGAUAUUGAGAAGUGAAACCGAUACAUCCACGGAGCCUACAUAUAGGCAGUUGCGGUGGACCCCAACUGAGAGGAUGUAUCCUGACAAAGAUACGGCUGCGCGGGAUGAAAUGAAAAAGGAGAGUCGCCAUCAAAUGCAGCAUUCAGCUACGACACGCAAUAAUAAGCCUCGCACGAGUCGGAAUAAUGGAGCACAGCUCAGAGAUCGUGAACACAAUUUGUUGGCCAGGUAUGAACUUUUUCCGGGGCCAGACCAACAUUUCCUGUACUAAUUGUGAUAGUUCCGAAAUCACACAAAACUCUUCUCGAGCGAAUCCUCAUGACCAUCAGUCUCCAAACCAGUCAACAGUUCAGACAGCCAUCGAGGAUCAUAGCGACCAAGAGAGUGACCAGGAAAGCGCCCCGAUGCGAUCAUGGGCCGGAAAGGACGUGUUGCAGAUUCCUUCAAAUCCAGCGAACCACUUGAACAAAACCGAUGACGCACCCUUUAAGCGUGGGCAAAUUGAACAAAAUGAACAGACCACGCUCGAAAAAGCGCCGAAUUUCCCGUAUCUUCGGGAAUACAUCGUAGGAAGGGCCGCUAAGAAUGAGGCAUCAGUCAAAAACAGCGACACGGAGAGCAUAAUGCGCUUGGUAGAGCAGGAGGCCAAGCUCUACCAAGACAGAAAAGCGACAAAAAAGAAACGAGGAAGAAGGCCCAAGGCGAGGAGGGCCAAAAGAAAAGCUGCCGUAAAAACCACUUU